GAUACAUAUCAAAAAGAAAAGAAAAAACUUUCAUUAAAUGUUUAUUAAAAAUAUUAUCUCAAAAUUAAAAUACUAUUUCCAUAUCCAAAAUAAAAUAAACACCAAGUAAUCUUCUCUCCAUCCACCACAUAACAACAAAAAGAAAAACAGAGCAAGCAGAAACCCUAGUUUAGAGUCUCCAUUCUAGGGUUUCAACUUUCAGCUCCAGAUCGAUCGCAUCCAUUUUGUUUGAAGCCACACAUUCAAUCUCCCUGUUCCAUCCUCUUCAAUGGCGGAAGAUAAUAACAGAAGAAACGGAGACGAUCGAAGCGAGACCAGUGAUUGCACAUCUGAAGACGAAGGAACAGAGGAUUACAGGCGCGGAGGUUAUCAUGCAGUUCGUGUUGGUGAUAAGUUUAAGCAUUCCAGAUAUGUUGUUCAGAGCAAGCUCGGUUGGGGUCAUUUUUCAACCGUUUGGCUCGCUUGGGACACUCAGAAAUCGAGAUAUGUAGCUUUAAAAGUUCAGAAGAGUGCUCAACACUAUACCGAGGCAGCAAUGGAUGAAAUCACCAUCUUAAAGCAAAUAGCUGAGGGUGACCCAGACGACAAACGGUGUGUGGUAAAGCUUCUGGAUCACUUCAAACAUUCUGGACCAAACGGGCAGCAUGUAUGCAUGGUCUUCGAGUAUUUGGGCGAUAACCUGUUAACGUUAAUCAAGUAUUCCGACUACCGUGGCGUUCCCCUUCACAAGGUUAAGGAAAUCUGCUUCCACAUUUUAGGUGGUUUGGAUUACUUGCAUCGUCAACUGUCUAUUAUCCACACGGAUCUUAAGCCAGAAAAUAUUUUACUUCUGUCCAUGAUUGAUCCCGAAAGAGAUAGAACAAAAGCAGGCGCACCCAUUAUUCCGUCAUCAAGCAAGGAUAAUAAUUCGAGUUCGACCAAUGCUAGUGCUUCGAAAGAAGUCAAGGUUUCAAAUAGCGAUCUUACGAAGAAUCAGAAAAAGAAAAUUAAGAAAAAGGCUAAAAAGGCCGCCCAAAAUGGCGUCGGAAAGGAUGACGUUGAAGAAGCCGAAGCGGACAAUGAGAAAACCGGUAACGGUGACGCCCUUGAAGAACGUGCCACGUCAUCGGUUGUGAAAACCGAGUCGAGGAAUCUAUCCGAAGCGAGGGAUUCCCGCCAAGGAAAUCAACUUCGUGGAAGAGGUAGCCGUUCUACACGGCAGAGGCUUUUGGGGGAAGUUGAUGUUAAAUGCAAGUUGGUUGAUUUUGGUAAUGCAUGUUGGACGUAUAAGCAAUUUACCGGUGAUAUCCAAACCAGACAAUACAGGUGUCCGGAGGUUUUACUGGGAUCGAAAUACUCGACCCCUGCGGAUCUGUGGUCGUUUGCGUGCAUAUGCUUUGAGCUUGCAACGGGUGAUGUUUUAUUUGAUCCUCACAGUGGCGACAAUUACGAUAGAGAUGAGGAUCACUUGGCCCUAAUGAUGGAACUUCUUGGUAUGAUGCCUCGAAAGAUAGCGUUAGGCGGGCGUUACUCUCGUGAAUUCUUCAACAGGCACGGGGAUUUAAGGCACAUCAGGCGAUUACGGUUUUGGCCUCUACAUAAAGUACUAAAGGAGAAAUACGAGUUUCGCGAACAAGACGCAACGGAUUUGGCCGAUUUUCUUGUUCCAUUACUCGACUUUGCUCCCGAGAAAAGGCCCACAGCUGCUGAAUGUCUUAGUCACCGAUGGUUGACCGGAGGACCACCUUACAGUUUGACUCCUGCUGUUGAUUCUACUCCUAUAGCCAGUGAUAAUGAUAAUAAUAAUAAGACGUGUGAGAAAACUCGAGAGAUGGAUGCGCGGGAAGCUAUGGAGGCCGGAAUGGGAAACAUAGCUAUCGAUGGAGUUUCAAAAUCGCUACCGAAACAGGCUUGUUAAGUUUCACAGGUAAUCGUUAAUUCGUUAUUUAUAUGAAUCACAAACUAAGAGUCCGAACUUGAUUAAAAAUUGAAUCUGUAUUUUCUUAUGUAUUUGGAUACGUGAUACAACUUGUUCGAUUAGAAAGGAUGUAAUGUUUUUGAAACUGUUAUUUUUUUUUUUUUCAGUAAUGAAGUGCAAAUUCAUUUUUUUUACUGUGUGAAAGGUAACAUUGCUGGUUUUCUGGAAGUCGGUCCGCAGAUUGUUUGUACAACUUAUGUUGCAGGAGAUUUAUGGAUUUGGACAUUCAUUCCCUUUGUAGAUGUUGCAUGUGUUUUGAUGUGGUGAUUCUAAUUGUACAUUUUUUUGGGUCUAUUUCUUUUUUAUUUAUUUAUUUUGCUACCAAACAUAUGAAAGAAUGCAAUGUUUUAUUUUGGAUUUUCAUUACUCCGCCAAUAUGAUGAGAACUUUUUGGUUUCA